UUUUCAGCACUGUUCCCCCACCCCAAUCGCCUGUGUUUGUAAAUGCUUCUCUUCUCUUCUCUUCUCUUCUCUUCUCUUCUCUUCUCUUCUCGUCUCUUCUCUUCUCUUCUCUUCUUCUCGUGUCCUUGCUCCCUCUCCUUUCUAUGAAGUAAAAUGAGCUGUUGUUGACUUUUCUCUGUAUCCGUCUAACUUCCUUUCCACCCAGUGAUCUACUUUCAGCCUCUCUCUCUCUCUUGGUCACCCUCCUCCCUCCGUCUCCUGUCUCUCUGUCGACGUUCAUUCAGUAGCUCAGUGAGCGUCUCUCUCACACACACACUCAUCAGUGGCUCUCAGUCAGUGAAUAUUAGCCGUCUGACCAGCAGCUGUUUGUGGUCGCUGUGUGGAGCUCCACUAUCCUCUGUCCUCUGUCCUAUGAUAAGAGGACAGCGUGCCAUCUCCUCUCCUGCUGCUCAGUUUCUCAGUGAGGACUCCAAACUCGCCAUCCCAGCGUUCUUCCAUUUCCUUCUCUGUCUGUCAUUCUCUCAGUGCUUCGUUCUAAUUUUGGAAACAUGGAACCUCGGGGAGCGCUCUCCCAAAGCUAUUUACGUCCUUGCCUCUCCUCCUCCUCCACCUCCUCCUCCUUGCUCUCCUCCUCUUCCUUCUCUUCCUCCUCCCUCUCGUCAGCCAGGAGGAGAACAGUGUGAGGAUUCUUUGAUGCACACAGAGCUGGGGAAUUCGGGUGCUCCUCUGUCUGUAUUUUUAUUGUGUUGACGAGGCUGCAGCAGCUCCUCUCGUCGUCGCUCCUCGCUCUCACAGCCUGUGGGUGACUGGAUUUUCCCUCGCAGCUGAAUGGAAGAAACAAACUUUCUGUUCCUUCCAUCUGCAACACACCCCAACAGCACUGGAGCCAGCACUGUAUUUCUGCAUGGAUCAGGACUCCAGGUGAUGUAGGUACAGAGAAAUAAACCAAAAGACCACACAGACACUUUUCAGGUGGUCUCCUUUGGCUGUUGACAUUUUGAUUGAUCUGCGAAGCCCAGCGGAGGGGAGGCUUUCUGUGGGCUGCAGCCGAGACGACGAUAUUAGAAAGGAGGAGUUUGCUCAAAGUGUCGCCCGCUCGUCAUCACAACUCGAGCUGAGCAGUCAGAGACGGCAGAAGCUCCAGGAGUCCGAUGGAGACUGGAUUACACAAGAAAAGCACAGAGGUGUUCGAUUAUUUUCUUUUCUUGUAAUUUGCGGCCGUUCCCCGCAGAAGUUAGUUUUGAAGUUUUCAGUUUAACUGUAUGGGUCUACGGCAUGCCUGCGUCUCGGAUGAAGAAGUGACUGGUUUAACAAAAUAAAGCGCCGGCUCUCGCCUUGGCAUGCUGUUGCAUCCCACCGUGUCAGGAUUGUGCGCCAUGUUGCAGACCAUCUAUGAGACUGAGUCCUGUUUUUCCUCCAGCAGCACAGACAGCCACCAUCAGCCUCUGGAGCUCCUGAGCGGCAACAGGGGCUCCAGCGCUGCCAUGCCCACCGCUGUAGUGGAGGUGAAGAGCAGCCUCCCAUCAGGCAUGCAGAGCCCAGUAGGAACAGCAAGCGAGCAGAGAGGAGGAGGAGGAAGUGGUGGAGAAGGUGGUGGGAGUCCAGGAGAAAGCCCGGGAGGAGGAGGAGGCCCGGUGGACCUGCGAACUGAGCCCAGGGUAGGGUCUCUCUCCGGGGGUGCAGUGGUGGACACAGCCCUGAGAGAGCAGCAGCUCCAACAGGAACUCAUUCUCCUCAAGCAGCAGCAGGAGCUCCAGAAACAGCUGCUGUUUGCAGAAUUUCAGAAAAAACACGAAGUGCUAACAAGACAACACGAAGUCCAGCUGCAGGAACACUUAAAGCAACAACAGGAGCUGCUGGCAGCCAAACGACAGCAGGAGCUGGAGCAGAAGAGGAAGCUGGAGCAGCAAAGACACGAAGAGCAGGAGAAACAACGACUGGAGCAGCAACUGCUGCUGCUGAGGAACAAGGAGAAAGGCAAAGAGAGUGCCAUUGCCAGCACAGAGGUGAAGCUGAAGCUGCAGGAGUUCCUUCUCAGUAAGAAGGAACCUGGUUCUGGCGGACUAAACCAUUCCUUCUCCCCAAAGUGCUGGGGAGCCCAGCACACCUCCCUGGAGCAGAGCUCGCCUCCGCAGAGCAACACACCGGGGACUCCUCCUUCCUAUAAACUGCCCCCUCUCCUGGGGAACUAUGAGGGCAAAGACGACUUCCCACUCCGCAAGACGGUCUCUGAGCCUAACCUGAAGGUGCGUUCACGCUUGAAGCAAAAGGUGGCAGAGAGGCGGAGCUCCCCUCUCCUCCGCAGGAAGGACGGAACUGUCAUCAGCACCUUCAAGAAGAGAGCCAUAGAGAUAUCAGUUUCCUCUCUCUGUAACAGUGCUCCGGGGUCAGGUCCCAGCAGUCCCAACAGUUCCAAUACAACUAUUGCCAACGGCAAUACUGGAUCAGUCCCCAACAUACAGACUGAGCUGAGGUCUCUCCAUCAGACGCUGGGGGCUGAUGGGACAUUGAGUCCUCUGAGUCUCUACACCUCACCCUCCCUGCCGAAUAUCUCGCUGGGCCUCCCUGCCAACACACACAUCACGCCCUCCCAGAAGCUGUCUGCCCAGCAAGAGGCAGAGCGUCAAGCCAUCCAGUCGCUGCGGGGGGGUGGAGCUCUAACAGGAAAGUUUCUCUCCACGUCCUCCCUUCCAGCAGGUGUGGGACAUGAUGUGGAGACUCCGCCCCCCAGCUCUCAUUCAGCCCAUUCCUCGUUACUGCAACACGUACUACUGCUGGAGCAGGCUAGGCAACAGACUGCUAUGCUAGUGCCCAUGUACAGCCAAUCGCCGCUGGUUACGGCAGAGAGAGGUGUGUCGGGUGGCAUGCGGGCCGUCAACAAGCUGCCUCGCCACCGGCCACUGGCUCGUACGCAGAGCGCACCUUUGCCCCAGUCCCCCCAGGCCCUGCAGCAACUGGUGGUUCAACAGCAGCACCAUCAUUUCCUGGAGAAGCAUUACAAGAUGCUGUCAAAGGGGACAGAUUUACCUAGGCCACCACCCACUCACCCAGAGGAAACAGAGGAGGAGCUUACAGAGACCAAUGACAUGCAGGAGGAGGAUGAAGGGGUGGGCCUUCACAGGCUUCAGAAGGAGGGGUCUGAUGAUAGCACGCCUUCAUCUGAGCGUCUCGGCGUGCACGUGAAGGGUGAGGAGGAGUGUGGAAGCGUGCAUAUCAAAGGGGAGAGCACCGAGAGUGAGCUGGAAGAAGAGGAAGAGGAUGAAGAUGUCAUUCAGUUGAGGGAGGGCGACGAAGAGGAGAGAGGGAGUUACAGUCAGGCCUUGCAGCAGCUGGGCGUGUUCCAGUCCUCGUUGCCCCACAGACCCCUGGGUAGAGCGCAGUCCUCUCCUGCAGCUGCCGUUAAUCCCAUCAAACACCUCUUCACUACCGGGCUUGUAUAUGACAGUCUGAUGCUGAAACAUCAGUGUGUGUGUGGGAACGCUCACAUCCACCCAGAGCAUGCUGGGAGAGUUCAGAGCAUCUGGUCCAGACUGCAGGAGACGGGCCUGCUGGGCCGCUGUGAGAGGAUUCGUGGGCGUAAAGCGUCUCUGGAUGAGAUCCAGUCCGUCCAUUCAGAGUUCCACACCCUGCUGUAUGGAACCAGUCCGCUCAAUCGGCACAAACUGGACCACAAAAAGCUGCUCGGUCCAAUUAGCCAGAAGAUGUACGCUGUUCUUCCCUGUGGAGGAAUAGGGGUGGACAGCGACACAGUGUGGAAUGAGAUGCACUCAUCGGCCGCAGUGCGCAUGGCGGUGGGCUCGGUCAUCGAGCUGGCCUUCAGAGUGGCUGCAGGGGAGUUAAAGAAUGGCUUCGCAGUUGUUCGUCCUCCAGGGCACCAUGCUGAGGAGUCCACGGCUAUGGGCUUUUGUUUCUUCAAUUCAGUCGCCAUUACUGCCAAGCUGCUGCAGCAGAAACUUGGAGUGGGCAAGAUCCUCAUUGUGGACUGGGACAUUCACCAUGGCAACGGCACUCAGCAGGCCUUCUACAGUGACCCCAACGUCCUCUACAUUUCCCUCCAUCGCUACGACGACGGAAACUUCUUUCCUGGCAGCGGAGCUCCAGAGGAGGUGGGAUCAGGUGCAGGUGUUGGUUUUAAUGUGAACAUAGCGUGGACCGGAGGAGUAGAUCCCCCAAUGGGUGAUGUGGAGUACCUCACUGCUUUUAGGACUGUGGUGAUGCCCAUCGCUCAACAGUUCAGUCCAGAUGUGGUCCUGGUGUCAGCAGGCUUCGAUGCAGUGGAGGGUCAUCAGUCUCCUCUGGGAGGCUACAAUGUCUCUGCCAAAUGUUUUGGUCAGCUAACGCAGCUGCUCAUGGGUCUGGCGGGUGGGCGGGUUGUUAUGGCGCUGGAGGGCGGUCAUGACCUCACCGCUAUCUGUGACGCAUCGGAGGCCUGUGUCUCUGCGCUUCUGGGAGACCCGUGUGACUCUAUGUUUCAGUGGCCUCAGGAGAAGCCCUGUCCAAAAGCCUACGCCUCCCUGGAGAGAGUAAUAGAGAUCCAGAGUAAACACUGGUCCUGUCUCCAGAGUUUGUCUCAGACCAGUGGACACUCGCUACUCGACGGCCCCCUGGGGGCUCAAGGCCAGUCAGAAAAGGAUGAGGCGGAAACGGUCAGCGCCAUGGCGUCUCUGAGCGUUGAUGUUGAGCAGCCAGGCUCUGUUCCUGAUAGCACAGAAACCAGCAGGUCCACAGAGGAACCAAUGGAAGAGGAGCCCGUUUUGUAGGAGGAGCUUAAACAAGAAGCACACCAAACUUCCACUUACGCCUCCUUCUAGCACCUCUCUUUCUCUUCCUUUUCCUCUUCCUCCAUGGAGUGUGCAUUGGUAAACACAACACACACACACAGAGCGCAGUCGUGCUGUUGUGGAGGACUCCAACUGGCAAAGGAGAACUUAACGGAGGAGAAACCGUGUCUUUCGAAAACAUGGAUGCACUUCUUUUCUCUACUGUUUCGUCCAUGCAAGGAGGAGCAGACGACUUGUUAGCACCUCCGUGGGGCUCAGCAGAGAGGGAGCGCGGACGAGGAUACACAUCAUGUACCCUUGAAUAUUUGACCACCUGUACACAGCACCACUGAAAUGUUCUCUUCCACCCUCCAAUCAUUCUCGUGACCUUUUUAUUCCAUCCCUGCUCCUUUGUUUCCACUGAGGGACGAUGACUGUGGAAAAACUUGAAUCUUAAAUGUCGCACACCAAGCGGACGACUGGUCCUCUUGCGUGUGUCGAGCGCAGGGUUGCCCGUUGGAGGGGGGAGGAAAUAACCGGUUUUAAUAUUCGCAGAGGAGGAGGAGGAACUAGGUGCCUUUUUUUCUGUCCACAAAAACUAAAACUAAGUCCAGAAAACACAAACCACCACCGCAGCACCUCAGUACAGCAACCAGCUGAUCAGGACUGAAGAAGCACACUUUUAAACACACACAAACACACACACACACGCUGUUGUUGAUCCAGUUGGUCACUUCAUUUCUGAGUCCUUGUUUCUUCAUCUGGAUGCCUUAGUUUGUCCCAGUCUCACUAUUUAGCAGCCUGUAGAGAGAUGGAGAGAGAGACUCAUGAGCUCAUGUAAAUACAUAUUCUGCUUAUUGACUAUUUUUUAAUAUCUGGCUAUAUUCCAAAAGACUGAGUUUUGCUUUUUUUCACAUUUUUGAGGGAAGAAAACCCUCUAAAGCCAUCCUCACACACUAGAACUCUCCAGUAAAAAUCUCAGUUGAAUAUUAGUAGUAAGAUUAAAAUAAUAUUCAAUCAGACUUUUGUGGAAUCUGGUGGAAGCGUCUCAGGAUCAGAUCAGCUUUAGCAGGAUUCAUGUAACUAAUGAAACUGCAACACCCAUCAGUCCUCUCUCUCCCUCGCUCUCUGUCUUUAUCAUUUGUGUUGAUUGAGUCAUGUGACCUAAACCCUGCACCUUCUUCUUUGAAGGAGGGGACUGUGGGAUUGUACUUUUGAAACACCGCAGUGACCACCACGUCCCACGUUACCUUUCUCUCUCUCUUUUUUUUUAAAGAAUUGUAAUAUUUCCUGUUUGGUGUAAAUAGCGUCUCCUGUCCUGUUGGCCAUGGUUACAUCACAGCAGGUUUGGUGUGGUCACUUUUCUAUAUCUGUACAUACACAUAUGUAUAAAACCACAAAAGACUUUCUCUUUUUGUAUAAAAAAGCAAAAACAAUAUUCUAUAUAAAUAUAUAUAUGUAAACAGUGUUUUAUCCAAUCAGAUUGGAUUUCUGAAUAUAUUCUAUUUGAAGUUUGAAAAGGUUUGGCUGUUUGACAGGAAGUAAGCACACGGUCUGAUGCGAUCAGACCACGACCUGUUUGUUUGUUUGUUUACAGAUGCUCAGGAUGGCUGAAUAUUGUUGUGUUGGAAGGGGGGUGGUCAGCGAGCUCUAGUUCUUCUAGCAGGACCAGCGCUGCCCUCCUCAGGCAAACAGCAGCAACUACAGAAAGGUGAUAUUAAGGUCAAAAGUCAUGGCUGAGUAAAAUAGGCUGGUCCAGUGAUUAUGUGUUUUUGUAGUCCAAAUGGAGCUAGCUCCUCCAGAGAUUGUAGUAUUCAUUCUACAUAUCACACGAUGGUACCAAAUCAUGAGCCCUGUAAUUCUCAUACAUUAGGUUUGUAUCAGCUCUGAUCCAGGAAGCAGUGAAACAAUGAUAGUCACUUGAUGGAUCGUGAAAUGAGGUACAGCAGGAGUGUUGAAAACAGCCUCGCUGGAUGACAGUCAGACCUCUUAAAUGCUGUUAAACUCACUACCAUCCAUUUUCUAGAGGUCACAGCAACAGUCUAAGCAGACAUGCUAAGGCGGUCUUCCUCAGCCACGCCCUCCAUCUCUUCUGGGGUGAUAAAUGGGUGUUCCCAUUCCAGCGUGCCCUGGUUCUGCCCCACAUUUAGUUGGACAUGCCCAAAACACCUCACCCAGAAAGCAUAAUCACCACCUUACCACAGUGGAGGGCUUUGGCUGAGUGAUCCCAUGGGUUCAGAAGUCAUUGUUGCCCCUUGUAGGGUCUGUCAAGGUGAAGUGGUCCUGGGUGAGGACCAGGGGAUCAGCCAGAGCCUAGACCACGAGGCUGGACUGGGAUAUUGGUAUUUGAUCCCCAGCUGUCCACAGUAAACUUGAAUAAACUCACUACAAACUGAUUAAAAUCAAGGUGAAAUAACACAAAGUGAGUAAGCAGUAAGAUAAGAUAACCUUUAUUAGUCCCACACGUGGGAAAUUUGUUUUGUCACAGCAGGAAGUGGACAGUGCAAAAGUUAUGAAGCAAAAAUUAGAAUAAAAUAAAAUAAGAAUAAAUACAGUAAGUACUGAGAGCGAGGAAAACCUGCUUCCUCAGGUAUUAUUGGACGUGGUUUGCACCAACUUUAAUGGAGAAGACCUUUUUCUGUUGAGGACACAUCAGGAAGCUGCAUGCCUGCAGACCCGGGGUUAGCAGUAAAAGUCCAGGUUGACACUUGGAUUGCCUGAAUUGCUGUUAAACAGUAAAACUACAUGAUUCUCAGUUUGUGCAUAUUCAAAUUGGGAUGUUAUCACUAGUUUUCCAAUGGUGAACAGACACAGGUCUAAAGGUGUCUAUUUCUAAUAGGAGCAAAUAGAAUCCUGCAUAUAUAAUCCUAAACAAAUAUGAGGAAUUUAAAGAUAUAAUCCAGGCUGAAAGCUACACAGCGGCUGUAGCCAAAGCUGGCAGAAAAAUGUGCAACUCAGCAGGCUUAUCAAUAUCACUGUUACAUCAAUAGAUCACAGGGAGAUCUGCCUAGAAUUAGAAUUUCUUGAUAGAUUCAUUUUCUGUUUUCUCAUAUUGUUUAGUUGCAUUCUCGUGUCGAGAUGAUUUCUCAUUUCAAGCUUGUUCUUUUUCAAAUUAAGACUUAAGAGCAUUGCUCAGAUUUUUUAACAGUCUAGUUUGAGUCAAAAAAAAAAAGUACAUGCUUUGUUUAUUCUAAGGUUUUAAGUAUCGGGCAUAAACAAAAUGACUGAGUCGUUACCAGCUCUUUAAAUGAGGUCAUUACAAAGUCAGAUAAAUAAAAGCUGGGAUGAUUCAGUAGUUUGUAGAAGCACAAGCAGCAGUAACUGCUGUAUGACUAUCAUUUCCUCACACUGUUGGAGGAACAGCUCUUCUUUACAACAUUGCUUAGUUCAUACCUGAGGUACUCUGCCUGGGUUUGUGUCAGUUUCUCUGACCUUGGGGUGAUUCUGAGGUUGCACUUUAUCUGAUUAUGUACUGAUAUGUGAAACAUUAGAAGUUACAUAGGGCGUACUUUCUUAUUACCACGACUAUAUAUCAUGGUGACUUACAUCCAAUGAACAGAGCGCAUAUGAAGGCUGUUAAAACUUUUAACACAAAUUUCGCUUCCAUUCUGUGACAAUAAUGACAAUGACUGAGAAUGCAUCGUGUGCUGUUCCUGGAUCAGUGCCAACAAUCCACUAUUUUCAGUACAGUAAUGAAGGAGCGAGUGCUUUGUUACAUGAUAUAAUCCUCAAAAAUCAUCAUUAAAAAAGUGCAGUCAAAUUGCACCACUCAUGAAAUCUUUAAAGUGAAUGUUUGAAAGUGUUGAGGUUUGUUCAGUCUCAAAAACUCAACCUACCCAACUUCAGGCUCAAGCCUGCUGACUGCUGUUUGGCCACCACUUUCCCAUUCUGACCAAUCACAUGUUGCUCAGCAGACACAGAAGCUUCAGAGCUGGACCGGCCUAUUAUGAAAACCUAUUGAAACUCAACUCAGAAACACUAUACCGGGAUGUCAGGGGACUAACUCUGAUCGACGUAAUCGUCAACCUCACUAAACUUCAUUUCCCAGGACCCUUUGCGGUGUUCUAGCCGACGCUGCUACCUCUGGGUCUCGUCCAUUUAAAGCAAUACCACAGUGGUGGAACUGCAGUGACGGGAACAGAGAGCGAGAAGGCCAUAGCAACAGAUGAUCUGAGGAACUCUCUGUACCUUUUUACACAGUGUGGUUGAGUGUGUAUAUUAUCUGUCAGGUGGAAUGGAGAGGCAGUAUUGAUUGAUUGAUUUAUUGACCUGUGUUUCCAGGUGGUUUAGUGUAGUCUUUUUGUACUAUUGUAAACACUAAGGGCAUUUUGUCCAUUUAACACGCAGUCAGUAAUAGCAGCGCCUUGCGUCGGGUUCGUGGGGGCCGUAGAGUGAGCGAGAGCUGGACAGGUCGAUCAUUUUAAUGACCCGACACCGCAGUGCUACACGGGGUCAGCUUCUGAGCUCGACUGGAGUUCAUGCAAGCACAAAGGGAGCAAAUAAAGAACUUUGGAGGCAAGCAGCAACUACCACAGGUGUUGGUUCAGAUGAAAAAUACCUUAAUAUUUAUAAAAAUGAGUAACAACAAGUAAAAGAUUCACUUUGUUAAAGGAUCUUCCAUUCCCUCAAUAACUAGACUAGCAUCUUGUGGGCAUCAUGGUCACUGUGGCCUAAACCAGCGGUCCCCAACCUCUUUUGCGCCACAGACCGGUUUAUGUCUGACAAUAUUUUCACAGACUGGCCUUUAAGGUGUAGCGGGUAAAUACAACAAAAUAAAACCAGUACCGGUACCAAAAAAAAGAAGAUUUAUUCAUAACACACGGGAAAAGACCCAGGGAAACCGAGUUAACGAUAAAAACGAUAAAAAAAUAAUGCUAAAAACCCCUGAAAACCAUGAAUUUCACACCUGAGCCUCAAUACUCGCGGCCCGGCACCAAACUACUCAUGGACCGGUACCAGUCCCUGGCCCGGGGGUUGGGGACCGCUGGCCUAAACUAUUAAACCACUGAAGAAGAAAAGACUGAAUGAGUUGAUGUAGUUAAACAGUAAGACUUUGUUUUCCAUUUUAGAAAAGAUGAUAUAAAAAAUGUAGUUUUGCUUUUUGUAAUAAUUAGAAAAAAAGUUCAGUAACAGCAAUUAGCAUCUAAUCUAAUUUGUAAGUUUUCCCUUUCAGAUGCAAACAAGAAGCAAACAAGUGAAGAGAAACCAAUAAAAUGGAAACAACCAAUAAAUCAGAUAUUGGUUUUCUAAGUCCUUUGAUUUGGAAGUGCACACAAUUUUUCCAAUUUUCCUUGUUCUUGCAUUCACAAAGGGAAAAAAUUGUUAGUUGAUUUCCUGUAAAUCAAGUUUGGGUAACAAUUUAGGUAUUUUCAAGAAUGUCACAUUCUUGCCGUCACUUGACCCAACAAGUCAAUGUGUAAACCUAUAAGAGCUCAUGAUUAGCUACCUUAUCUCGCUAGGUCAGACUUCUUUUGUGGUUUUUAUUAGUUCCAGAAUAAAAAUUAAAGAUUUAAAAGAAUUAGGAAAAAAAUAACAGGAAAAUCCUCCCAAGAUAUUGUUCAGAUGGGUUUCUUGCAAACUCAGUCGGAUCUAGAAACGGAAUUGCCAAGCGAGCAAAACUUGACACCAGCAAAGUUUUCCAAAGUUUCCCCAUUAGUAUAUGACGACAAACGUUUAUCCCUUUCUUCACACAUGGGUCUGAACAGUUCUAAACUUUGCUCAUCUUUAAAAAUACCCAACUUUCAUAUUAGCAUUACUGUCCAAGAUUCGAGCAUGAGUGAGCUCCUCUGUGUCAUCGUAGUCGACAGAUGCGAUGGACAAACUUGGCCUAAUUUGGAAAAACUGAAUGAACCACUUGUGGUUGCGUUGAUUUAGCACGUCACCAAGAGACAGCCAAACCCUUCAGCUGCAGUGGUUGCUGCUUGGUGUCGAGGACACUCAUGAGCACAGAUUGAGGUGGGAAACAUUGGGAUCUUGCUUCAGCACAGGGCUGACUGCGCUAGCUGGAAGAGCCUAAAGAGAAGAGGGAAGGGAAUGGAGAACUCUUUCAGGACACCGUGCUGAUGCAGAGAGAUGGUUUGGGUUGUCAGGGCACCUCCCCAGCCUGGAGGCCACAUAGCUUUACUGCUGCUGCCACCCACACGACACUGAGGUGAAACGCACACAGUCACACACACUCGGACUAUUUUGCUACGAGUUGAUACUGUGUAUUUCUUGAUAUGUUUGAUACUGUGGUGUAAAUGUAGUGUCCUGCUAUCAUGCGGUGUUCAGGGGCGGGGGGGUGGGAGAGAGGUACAUUUGGGCUGUCGGGUGGGACGGAGGCAGAGGAGGUUCGCCUUCUCCCUCUCUCCCUCAUUUACCUCCUGUUUUUUGAGGGGAGACGUUCUCUCUGUUACCUUUCACUCGUUUCAGCUCGCGCCUGAAACGUUGUUUUUUUCUUUUCGGGAAACGCCAUUUUUGUUGAAACUGAUCACGAGCACAUUCCUGACUCUUCUCUGUCUGUGCUGUUGUUUUCUCCAGAUUCUUGCCUGUUGCGACGAUAUAACAUGUGUCUAGUUCUUGCUGACUCACAUGUAUAUAAAGUGCAUAUAUGUGUACACAUGUGCAAUACACGCUAUUCGAGCAAUCUAUUACUGUGACUAUUAUUGAUGAUGAUACUUGUCCCUUUUUUGAAGUUUCAGCCUGUUUUUUGUUUGUUAGUUUGUUUAUUUUGUUUAUUUUUUGUUCCCCUCCUCGUCCUGAUUUGCUGUUGAUGGAUUGUGUUGCAGGAGCCUAAAAAGGGAAGGUGACUAUUGUGAUUCUUCACGCUCAGUUUCAUUUCAGGGGUUUGUGGACAUUCUAACGAAGCCCUUUUUUUUUAUUACUCUUGCCGUAAUGUUGUGAUGUUGACCCUGAUUACCUGUUUCUCUGUUGUUUUUUUUUGUUGUUUUUUUUAAGUGGGCCUGUUGUUAAAUUUGUCUGGAAACUCAAUAAAGCAAUUCACUGAU